AUGGACGAAGAAAUUUCUAAAAUACCAGAAGACAAUUUUUCAACAGGACCAUUUUCUUUGCUUUUUAAAGCUGUUAAAGCAAAUACUUAAGUACUUAUAGCACUUAGAAAUAAUAGAAAAAUAUUAGCAAGAGUAAGAGCAUUUGAUAGACACAUGAAUAUGGUUUUAGAAAAUGUUUUGGAAAUGUGGACUGAAGUUCCAAGAGGAUCUCAUGGAUAAAAAUCAAAACCAAUGAGAAAAGAAAGAUAUCAUUCAAAAAUGUUUUUAAGAGGAGAUUCAGUAAUAUUUGUUUUAAGAAACCCAAAUAAAUGA